AUGAUUGACCACCUUGAAAAUGUUUUUGGUGGAUCUAUGAAAAUACGGACUGAACUGGCGGUUACACCAAUGGAGAGGGAAGUACCAUGGGACGUAGACCAAGUCAAAGAAACUAUUCGUCGUUUUCCACGAUGGAAAGCACCAGGUAUUGAUCAUAUUAGGGCAGAGAUUCUCAAGCCUCUUGUAUCAACUCUAGGUUCUCUACUCCACAUGCUCUUCAAGCUGUGUUGGAAGCUUUUGGAGCAAUGCCUGGCUGAGGAACUCCUUUUGACCAUACCAGAGUUAGACAUAGCCCAGGGAGGAUUCCGCGCUAGCCGCAGUACCCUAGACCAGGCUCUCUGUCUCCACGAACUAAUGAGGCAAUACUCUGUUCCCGACCCUGAGCGAGAGCAAGCGCUCAAACCACCAUUUGUUGUCUUCUGUGGUGAUCCAGACACUUGGUUUGAUGAAAAAUGUAGCGUCCCAUGGUGUUAUGCCGAGACAUGGAGUCCUGCAGGCCCAACAGCCACUCCUUUGUCACUAUUGGAGGAGCUUAGGACCAUCACCUGUAAUGUGUCCAGUGUUUCCAGGACGGAGGGGGAUGCACCAGACUAUCUUCCUAUGUCAAUGGCUCCUAUCAACUGUCUUCUGUACGCUGACAAUGUUGCCCUUAUAGGCACACCCGACGAUGUGCAAAAAAUGUUGACUGUAGCCGAGACACAUUCAAACCUUCUGGGGUAUAAGUGGAGUCCAUCCAAAUACGAGGUCCUCAAUGCCCCUCCUAAUUCUUCUUUUUCUUUAUAUGGGAAUACUCUUCCCACUUGCACUUCCUUUAAAUAUUUAGAAUUUCCUUUUGCUAGCCAAGGGAUAGAUCGAGCCGACAUGUUCCUUAAGUCGCAGCAAAAAGCUUGUGCAGCAACGCGUAAGCUUUGUAACUUGGGUGUACACAUGAACGGUUUUGGUCUCCCUGCGGCUCUCAGAGCUUAUCUCAUUUUUAUCCGCCCCAUUCUUGAGUACGGCUUAGCCAUUGUUCCUGCUAGCCAGAGUGACGUUUAG